CAAACCAUUUACAUAUAAUCUCUCAUUGACUCUUGCUCUAGAUAUAGUGAAAAUGUCGUGGACAUCCAUUUCAUACCAAAAUGUCGUCAUAAUGAGGCACGGUGAACGUCUCGAUAACAUUGAUCCUUCGUGGGCAUCCACAGCUUUGCGGCCGUGGGACCCACCCUUAGCCCAACCCGGUCACAUUCGGGCAUUUCAAAUGGGUCGAGGGAUCCAACAGAGUCUCAAAUAUCCAAUUCAUCGAGUCUUUGUAUCUCCCUUCCUCCGCUGCGUGCAAACUGUCGUUGAACUCGUCGCUGCCCUCCCUACCAUCAACAAUGAUCUCAAAACUGAUAUUGGUGAAGACAAUUUUAUUGAUACUUCAAAAGUCAAGGUCUCUAUUGAGUAUGGAUUAUGUGAAGUGUUUAACAAUGUAGCUAUUCGUCCUGAUGUUGCUCCUAAAGAUGGAAAUAUAAGUUUUGAUAUAUCAGAGCUUGAAGCCAUGCUCCCAAAUGGGACAGUGGAUUAUAAUGUUCAAAAGGUGUAUAAUGAGUUACCUCAAUGGGGAGAGUCAUUUUUGCAAGCAAGGGCUAGAUAUCAGCAAACAAUCAAGGAGCUUGCAGAUAAAUAUCCUACUGAGAACUUGCUAUUUCUUACACAUGGGGAAGGACUUCAAACAGCACUUUCUUCAACCAGAAAAGAUGGUGCAAAGGCAAAACUGCAAUACUGUGCAUAUGUCGAGCUUAGACGUCCUAUUUUCAACAAAGAUCAAUCAUUUGAUGGUGGAGAGUUCAAUGUACUUCCUCAUUAUAGUCAAACAGGCGUGAGCUAUAUUUCCUCCGUAGCGAGCAAAGAUAUCAACCAAACUUCAAAAUGAUAAAGCAUAUCAAGUAUAUGAGCUUUUUAGAUUGGAACAUGAAUAAAUGACUAGAUUGUGAUCAAGGUCAUUCUAAGGGGAUGUAGUACCUAACAUAUCGUUAUGCAACUUUGUCAAGGAUUGUGAUACAUUGCAAGACAAAGUACAAAACUAUAUUUGUGUUUUUAUAAAUCCAAUAUCAACCUUGAUUCUACUCUAUAU